AUGAUAAUACAUAUUUCGUUAUAUCAUAAAUACCAUGUAAAAAUUUAUGAUGGAAUCAAUUGGUUCUCACCAUUCCCAGGAUUCGAUAAUAAAUUUCCAAAAGAACUAUCAUCAUUAGAAAAUUUUACAUCACAGGAAUAUUCAUCGAUUAUCGAUGAUAUAAAUUUAAUAAUAAAAACAAAUGACAUCAAGAAAAGAAGGUUUACAGUAUACUUAUUACUAAGUAUUCUUGUUGGGUUAUUGGGAUUUUUCUUUUUAUUUGGACCUUGGUAUGUAUUUUUAAUAUCAUCAAUUAUUAUUUCAUUCUUGGUUGUAUUCUUUUCAGUUAAAUUAUAUUAUUCAAAUACAAAGUUGGAAAGAGAAGUAAAAGAAACGAUAAGGGAUUAUAAUCAAAAGUAUUCUGAAAAGACAGGGUUCAGAAUUGUAUUUAAACCAAAAUUAAGAAAAACUUCGACAACUUAUCAAUAUAAAUUAAUUAUUUUUUAUCCAUUCUCAUACCAACAAUUACAAUUGAUUAGAUUAUAUAAUCAAUAUCAUCAACAAAACCAAUCACUUGAUUUACCUUCAUCCUCAUCACUGCCAUCAUCAACAUUUUCAAACUCUUCAACUGCUUCAUCAUUUUUUAACAUCAUCAAUAAUGGUAGUGUGAAUGCAAACAAUAUUAAUAGUAAUGGACAUGGUGGAAUUAAUAGUGGUGGUAAUAGUUCUUUAAAUAGUAAUUUUAACGACAAUAUAAAUAGUAAUGAAAAUUUUAUUGUUUAG